ACCGAUACACAGCCGUGCUCUUGCCCUACCCCGUUUUAUUGAAACCAUAAUAAUAUUGGGGGCCUUUGGCACGGCUUCACUGUCGAAGAAAAUGACCAAACUGACAAAGACGCGAAAAACCCCAAAGAGGAAAAAAACCGACGGCCGUUGUUCUCCUUUUCCAUGUCCACCAUCCAAAUCGUCGAGAAAGGCAAAUGUCACCGCUGGUUCCUCCAAUGACUCUGAGCCAUUCCCCGAUUAUUCUCAACCCACGCCGGAGGAAUGCCGAGCCGUACGGGAUGAUCUUUUGGCUCUCCAUGGUUUCCCCAAAGAAUUCAUUAAGUACCGCAAGCAAAGAUCACUCGAUCACAUUGAAUACGAAGAAGAUGAUAUUAGUGGUGCUGAGCCUUGUAAAGAGAGUGUACUGGACGGUCUGAUAAACACAAUUUUGUCCCAGAACACCACCGAAGCUAACUCUCAGAAGGCUUUUGCUUCCCUCAUAUCCUCUUUCCCAACCUGGGAAUGUGUUCUAGCUGCUGAUGCAAAACUUGUUGAAGAUACCAUAAGAUGUGGAGGUUUAGCACCCACCAAAACUUCUUGUAUCAAGGGAAUAUUAAGUUCAUUGUUACAGAAAAAAGGAAACCUGUGCUUGGAGUAUUUGAGAGAGCUAUCUAUAGAGGAAAUCAAAAGGGAGCUCUCUUGUUUCAGAGGAAUUGGUCCCAAAACGGUGGCAUGUGUCUUGAUGUUCCAACUUCAGCGAGAUGAUUUUCCGGUGGAUACACACAUUUUUCAGAUUGCAAAGACUCUUCAUUGGGUACCUGCUGCAGCUGAUGUGAAAAAGACAUAUAUUCAUCUGAAUCGACGAAUUCCAGAUGAACUAAAGUUUGACCUAAAUUGUCUCAUAUAUACCCAUGCAUUUCAAACCAUUUGGCAUGCCAGGAUGGAUGAGGCACUGUACCAAAAAUCUACCUACUUAAAUCUCCUUUCAACUGGACUAAAUGGAACAGAUAAUGUCUGUUGCAAAACUACUACUUCAGAUAAAAAGCUUAGAAUUUUUGGCUUUGAGGUAAGUCCUUGUUCAAAUGAUAUCAUUUGUUCAAAAUCUGAAAGUGAUGAGAGUAUUAGCUCCUCUGAAACAUUUGCAGAUGGAAGACUAGUGGAAAAAACAUCCAUCUCUAUGAGUUCCUCUAGCAUAGUCCUUCCGAACCCAAAUGAAAACCUCAGAAACUUGAGCUCCUCAGUUGUCAGUAAGUUUAAAUACGAGUGCCACUUCUGUUUAAAGAAGUUUGCAAACUCACGGGCACUGGGAGGUCAUCAGAAUGCCCAUCGAAAAGAGAGGCUGAAGAAGAAAAGAAUGGAUCUUGAAGCAAAGAGAGCUAGCUCCAUGCUCCAUUUUUUCUCUUUAAUCAGAAACGCUGGAGUUAUCUACCCUUACUAUUCUCUAAGUCAUCAAAACCUCUUUGUUUCUGGAAGUUCAACCAUCAAUUUCAGCUCCGUAUAUCACUGUCAGAAUGGUACACAUCCCCUAUAUGUUGCUGUUGAUGCUCAUCCCCAAGGUGAACUACAAUUGCAGAAUAACUGUUCUACCUUGUUGCAGGGUGGUGAGUCCAGAAAAAGAGACCUGUUGUCAUGAGCAGUAGUUCUUUUGCUGGAAAUUGUCUUGUCAUCUAAACAUAGGUGCUAGUAUCCCUGGAAACGAAUUGAGUAUUUAUUUCACUUAUCAGACAAGGAUAUAUCAUUUAUUUCGACUAAUACUGCUUAUUUGAAUAUCUCCAGUUUUGGAUCUAAUAUGUUCUUAAUUAUUUUAGAGCAUGUUUGGAUGAACUUAUUAGUCAAGUCAUAAAUUAGGAUUUCUAAG